AUGGGACUGCUCGGUGUGAAUGGAGCGGGCAAGACCAGCACAUUUCGCGUUUUAAGUGGUCAGCAAGAUGUUGAUCGUGGCGUCGUCUUCUUGGGGCAGAAUGUGCUGAGUCCUGGAGCUGAAGCAUUCUCACGAGUUGGCUUCUGCCCCCAGUAUGAUGCUUUGUACCUGGACUUCACACCAAGGGAACACUUAGAAAUUUUGGCUGGCUUCCACGGUUACACCAGUUCGUCUACGCGUUCUGUAGCCAACUACUUGAUGGAAGCUCUUGAUCUGUCGCUCUAUGCGGAUAUUAGAGUGUCUGCUCUCAGCGGAGGGACUAAGCGGAAACUAUCCGUAGCCCAGGCCCUCGUGGGCGAUCCUACACUCAUCUUGCUUGAUGAACCGACAACCGGAAUGGAUCCGAAGAGCCGUAUGUUCCUUUGGGAGGUCCGUGCAUUUUUAAUCCUUUGUUCGUUUGAAGAAUCAUGA